UUUUAGAAAGUCAAUGGAAAGCAAAGAAAACGAGUAUUCUGAACAGGAAGAAAUCAUUGGGGAAGGAGAAGAUAUUGAAGACCUAGAAGCUGAAGGAGAAGAUGAAGAAGAAGGCCAAAAUCAAGCAUCUCUUGAAAUCGCUCAGCUUGAGCAAACCUUAAAGGACCUGACCAGUACAUCCACAUCGUUAGAUAUAACAAAGAACUUGAACAAAGAAGAGCUCAUUGCUGAAGCCAAGAGCUACAAGGCUGCUCAACAGAAGAAAGGAAUAAUUUAUCUUCCUAAAAUUCCUCCAUUUAUGAACCCUUCCACUAUAAAGAGGCUAUUCAAGAAGUUUAAUUGCGAAAGGAUGUAUCUAUCUCCUGAAUCAGAAGGCGCUCGUAAGGCCCGGAGAAAGAACGGUGGUAACUAUAAGCUUAAGUUCAAAGAAGGAUGGAUCGAAUUUGCAGACAAGAAGGUUGCCAAAGAAGUAGCCAGAUGCCUCAAUGGUCAACUUGUAGGAGGCAAGAAGCGCCACAACCUCAACAGGGACGAUACCUGGCUUAUGAGGUAUCUUCCAAAGUUUAAAUGGGAAAAUCUUAAGGAGAAAUUUGAGUAUGACAAGAAAGUCAGGGAAGAGAGGCUUAAAAUGAGUCUUUCCCAAGCCAAAAGAGAGCAAAACUUUUACCUUGAAAAAGCAGAAAUCUCCAAGAAAGUUAAAUACGCCACUGAAAGACAGAAGAAAAGAGAAUCCAAGGGCGAUGAUAAGGAGAAGGAACAGCUGAUGGACCGGUUCGAGAAGAAGAGGAGGAAGAAUAUUGAGAAGACUAUUAAGUACCAACAAAAACACCAGAGGACUUAUAAGCAGAAAGAACCCAAAAUCAAGGAGUUAUAGAGUGUUUCAAUUA